ACCGGCGUGAUUACCAUAUUCGAAGACCGGCCUCGUCCCUGCACUGCGUGGAUAAGGACCGUUGCUUGUUUUCUCAGAUCGGCCUCUCAUUGCCGACACCAUUAUACCACGACCGGCCUCUCGGCUCGGCGUGCUUAUCUUUUGAAGACCGGCCUCGUCCCCGCCCUCGCGGACGAGGGCCGUUGCUUGAUUUUCUCAGAUCGGCCGCUCAUUGCCGACACCAUUAUACCACGACCGGCCUCUCGGCUCGGCGUGCUUAUCUCUUGAAGACCGGCCUCGUCCCCGCCACCCCGCGGACGAGGACCGUUGUUUGAUUCUUUCAGGUCGGCCUCUCACUGCCGACACUAUCAUGUUAUGUUCGGCCUCUCGGCACGACAUAUUUAUCUUUUGAAGACCGGUUUCAUCCCCGCGCUGCGUUGGAUGAGAGCCGUUGCUCGGAUAUAUCGGCCUGACUGGACACUAUUGCCAUCUCCGUUAUCAGGACCGACUGCUCAGCGAUAUUAUGAUCAUUGUAUAUCGGCUCCCAAUGCCGACCUUCUUGAGUCAGCGAUCGGGCUCACCCCUCCCCUCCAGGAGGGUGACCAUCGCCUUCGCAUGACGACCAGCUAUUCCGUCGCCUCGUCAUUUUAUUCGUGUUGGUAUGCCACCACCAUUAUGUGUGACAUCCCGUGAUCCCUGCGAGUUUCUUGGAUACCGAAUGUCUUCUUCGAUGUAGGAAGAUCGGUAGGACCACGGACCAGGGACGGACGAACGAAGCACCAGGGAAUCUCGAUGCAGAUAAACCUGUUCCUCCUUGCGAUGUCUGCGGAUACCGAACGUCUCCUCGAAGUAAGGACGCCGGUAGGACCAAGGACCAGGGACGAACGAAGCACCAGGGAAUCUCGAUGCAGAUAAACCUGUUCCUCAUUGAGAUGUCCGCGGAUACCGAACGUCUCCUCGAAGUAGGAACGCCGGUAGGACCAAGGACCAAUGACGAACGAAGAGUAUAGAUUGCCUCCCUCAAACAAAAAAAAAAAAAAAAGAAAGAAAAAAAAAAAAAAAAAAAAAAAAAAAAAAAAAAGAUGGGGAGAAGAGGAGGGUAGCUCCUAUGAGGAAGGGAAUCUUGCCCGGGUGUGCCAGAUCUUCUCCCACCGCCGAAGACGAACGCCUCUCGAUGUAGAGGUUAGUAGAGACGCGGAGGGGGCUAGACGAACCAAGGGAGCCUUGCCAAGAUAAACCUGUUCAUCCCACAAUGACCAUGGAUCGAUGGACGUGGGAUAACAAAGACGGGAACCCGUGAGGGUAAACCAGUUCGUCCCUGCGAGUUCCUUGGGUACCGAACGUCUUCUUCGAUGCAAGAGACGCCGGUAAGACUAAAAGGACCAGGGACGAACGAAAAAGGGGGAAUCUCGAUGUAGAUAUACCUGUUCCUCAUUGCGAUGUCCGCGGAUACCGAACGUAUCUUCGAUGUAAGAACGCCGGUAGGACCAAGGACCAAUGACGAACGAAGACUAAAAGACUCCAAAAAAAAAAAAAAAAAAAAGAUGCCAGAAGAGCACGGAGCAAAGAAUGAUUUUAUCCCUUGGCACUAUUGGCUGUGAAGUACAAACUGAAAAACAUAUGUAAAGAAUAAUUACAAGACUUAAGUACGAAGAAUGAAGUGGCCGACGACGAUCGGCUAACAUCAGGUUUUCCUUUGCCUCGAACGACGAUUAGCUCCCCAGAUCAAGUAGAAGGGACAUCGCCCAGAUUUAUUUCAGGCUCACCAUUCCUUCCCGGAUGGAGUCCUGGCAGACGAUCGGCUUCUCACAGCCAAUCAGGAGAGAGACUUGACACAUCACCAGCACGGCCGAGGGCCGUGAGACGAUUACCACUCACCGACAGGCCGAGGGCCAUGAGAUGAUCAUCACUAUUUUUCUGUAUCACGAUCGGCCCCUCAGCGCCAUCGUGUCCAGACUCACGGUUCGUCUUGCCCAUUCCCUCCAGGAUGGCGACGAACGUCUUAUGCAGUACGAUCGGCCCCUCAGCGCCAUCGUACCUGGCUUCACGGUUCGGCUCGCCCAUUCCCUCCAGGAUGGCGACGACCGUCUUAUGUAGCACGAUCGGCUUCUCAGCGCCAUCGUGUCUCUUUCACGUUCGGAUCGCCCCAUUCCCUCCAGGAUGGCGACGAACGUCUUAUCCAGUGCGAUCGGCUCCUCAGCGCCAUCGUACCUGGCUCACGGUUCGGCUCGCCCAUUCCCUCCAGGAUGGCGACGACCGUCUUAUGUAGCACGAUCGGCUUCUCAGCGCCAUCGUGUCUCUUUCACGUUCGGAUCGCCCCAUUCCCUCCAGGAUGGCGACGAACGUCUUAUGCAGUGCGAUCGGCCCCUCAGCGCCAUCGUACCUGGCUUCACGGUUCGGCUCGCCCAUUCCCUCCAGGAUGGCGACGACCGUCUUAUGUAGCACGAUCGGCUUCUCAGCGCCAUCGUGUCUCUUUCACGUUCGGAUCGCCCCAUUCCCUCCAGGAUGGCGACGAACGUCUUAUGCAGUGCGAUCGGCCCCUCAGCGCCAUCGUACCUGGCUUCACGGAUCGGCUCGCCCAUUCCCUCCAGGAUGGCGACGACCGUCUUAUGUAGCACGAUCGGCUUCUCAGCGCCAUCGUGUCUCUUUCACGUUCGGAUCGCCCCAUUCCCUCCAGGAUGGCGACGAACGUCUUAUGCAGUGCGAUCGGCCCCUCAGCGCCAUCGUACCUGGCUUCACGGUUCGGCUCGCCCAUUCCCUCCAGGAUGGCGACGACCGUCUUAUGUAGCACGAUCGGCUUCUCAGCGCCAUCGUGUCUCUUUCACGUUCGGAUCGCCCCAUUCCCUCCAGGAUGGCGACGAACGUCUUAUGCAGUGCGAUCGGCCCCUCAGCGCCAUCGUACCUGGCUUCACGGAUCGGCUCGCCCAUUCCCUCCAGGAUGGCGACGACCGUCUUAUGUAGCACGAUCGGCUUCUCAGCGCCAUCGUGUCUCUUUCACGUUCGGAUCGCCCCAUUCCCUCCAGGAUGGCGACGAACGUCUUAUGCAGUGCGAUCGGCCCCUCAGCGCCAUCGUCCCUGGCUUCACGGAUCGGCUCGCCCAUUCCCUCCAGGUUGGCGACGACCGUCUUAUGUAGCACGAUUGGCUUCUCAGCGCCAUCGUGUCUCUUUCACGUUCGGAUCGCCCCAUUCCCUCCAGGAUGGCGACGAACGUCUUAUGCAGUGCGAUCGGCCCCUCAGCGCCAUCGUACCUGGCUUCACGGAUCGGCUCGCCCAUUCCCUCCAGGAUGGCGACGACCGUCUUAUGUAGCACGAUCGGCUUCUCAGCGCCAUCGUGUCUCUUUCACGUUCGGAUCGCCCCAUUCCCUCCAGGAUGGCGACGAACGUCUUAUCCAGUGCGAUCGGCUCCUCAGCGCCAUCGUACCUGGCUCACGGUUCGGCUCGCCCAUUCCCUCCAGGAUGGCGACGACCGUCUUAUGUAGCACGAUCGGCUUCUCAGCGCCAUCGUGUCUCUUUCACGUUCGGAUCGCCCCAUUCCCUCCAGGAUGGCGACGAACGUCUUAUGCAGUACGAUCGGCCCCUCAGCGCCAUCGUACCUGGCUUCACGGUUCGGCUCGCCCAUUCCCUCCAGGAUGGCGACGACCGUCUUAUGUAGCACGAUUGGCUUCUCAGCGCCAUCGUGUCUCUUUCACGUUCGGAUCGCCCCAGGAUGGCGACGAACGUCUUAUGCAGUGCGAUCGGCCCCUCAGCGCCAUCGUACCUGGCUUCACGGAUCGGCUCGCCCAUUCCCUCCAGGAUGGCGACGACCGUCUUAUGUAGCACGAUCGGCUUCUCAGCGCCAUCGUGUCUCUUUCACGUUCGGAUCGCCCCAUUCCCUCCAGGAUGGCGACGAACGUCUUAUGCAGUGCGAUCGGCCCCUCAGCGCCAUCGUACCUGGCUUCACGGAUCGGCUCGCCCAUUCCCUCCAGGAUGGCGACGACCGUCUUAUGUAGCACGAUCGGCUUCUCAGCGCCAUCGUGUCUCUUUCACGUUCGGAUCGCCCCAUUCCCUCCAGGAUGGCGACGAACGUCUUAUGCAGUGCGAUCGGCCCCUCAGCGCCAUCGUACCUGGCUUCACGGUUCGGCUCGCCCAUUCCCUCCAGGAUGGCGACGACCGUCUUAUGUAGCACGAUCAGCGCCCCAGCGCCAUCGUGUCUGGCUCACGUUAGGGUCGCCCAUCCCUUCCAGGAUGGCGACGAACGUCUCUUAUGCAGCACGAUCAGCGCCCCAGCGCCAUCGUGUCUGGCUCACGUUAGGGUCGCCCAUCCCUUCUAGGAUGGCGACGAACGUCUCUUAUGCAGCACGAUCAGCGCCCCAGCGCCAUCGUGUCUGGCUCACGUUAGGGUCGCCCAUCCCUUCCAGGAUGGCGACGAACGUCUCUUAUGCAGCACGAUCAGCGCCCCAGCGCCAUCGUGUCUGGCUCACGUUAGGGUCGCCCAUCCCUUCCAGGAUGGCGACGAACGUCUCUUAUGCAGCACGAUCAGCGCCCCAGCGCCAUCGUGUCUGGCUCACGUUAGGGUCGCCCAUCCCUUCUAGGAUGGCGACGAACGUCUCUUAUGCAGCACGAUCAGCGCCCCAGCGCCAUCGUGUCUGGCUCACGUUAGGGUCGCCCAUCCCUUCCAGGAUGGCGACGAAUGUCUCUUAUGCAGCACGAUCAGCGCCCCAACGCCAUCGUGUCUGGCUCACGUUAGGGUCGCCCAUCCCUUCCAGGAUGGCGACGAACGUCUCUUAUGCAGCACGAUCAGCGCCCCAGCGCCAUCGUGUCUGGCUCACGUUAGGGUCGCCCAUCCCUUCCAGGAUGGCGACGAACGCCUCUUAUGCAGCACGAUCAGCGCCCCAGCGCCAUCGUGUCUGGCUCACGUUAGGGUCGCCCAUCCCUUCCAGGAUGGCGACGAACGUCUCUUAUGCAGCACGAUCAGCGCCCCAGCGCCAUCGUGUCUGGCUCACGUUAGGGUCGCCCAUCCCUUCCAGGAUGGCGACGAACGUCUCUUAUGCAGCACGAUCAGCGCCCCAGCGCCAUCGUGUCUGGCUCACGUUAGGGUCGCCCAUCCCUUUCAGGAUGGCGUCGAACGUCUCUUAUGCAGCACGUCUGCCCCUCGGCGCUGACAUGCCCGGUUUAUCGAUGAGAGCCACCGCUUUCUAUCACAUCUCACAUUCCUUCUCUCAUACAUUGCACUCAUACAUUACAUGCAUUCAUGCAUUCAUGCAUCAUACCUCAUACAUUCAUACAUACACACGUGCAUCAUGUUUGACAGUACCGCGACGUCGGUUUGUAAAUGCAUGGACCUCUAAGCUUCUCCGAUUGGAAAGCUCGAGUCAGGGUCCUCUACUCUCGCCUGAUGCAUUCAGGGGGAGCGUGCCCGUGGAGGAGCACCUUUCGCCCAACUCCGUCGGGAAGGGGGGUGCCUCACCGGCAGAUUACGUUCAGGAGUGCAAACAAUCACUCAUAUAUUAUGAUUAUGCGAAGACACAGUUUCCAGCAAGACAGAGGAAGAGCGCAGGCAGAGUAUAUUUUCUCGAGCAGAUUCGCGAGCUCACUACUCAAGAAACUGGGGGACUUGUGUUGGGAUAUAUUAUCCCGGCCUAUUACUGUUCAGGAGCCCAGGACAUCAUCCAGUACGGAGCCCGAGCAGCUAGGCCCAUUUCGGCCCAUUAGCCCCAAUAUUGGCCCGUUCGGCCCAUUAGGGUGGAGAGCACCCUUCCCCUUUCCCCUAUAAAUAUGAGGCUUCCCUCCAUGUUUUGGGGAUCCUCUUUUAGAUUCAUCUUCCUCCUUCUCUUAAACUUAGCUCAAUACUCCAUUAAUGGGAGCUUGUACAAUGUAAUUGUGAGGAGAGUCCUAAUGAGAAAGAGAGGGCUUGGACAUUAGCCUAAAAAGUCCCGUGGUUUUCUCCCUUUCGGGUUUCCACGUAAAAAACUGAGUUGUUCAUACACAUUUAUACAUAUAUUUACUAUAUCGUGUUGGAUUAAACUCAACAAUACCAUUUUAAAACAAAACUAGGAAAUCGAACUUCCAAAUUUAUUCCAAUACCAUCAAACUAAUUUCAAUAUAAAGAUCAUACACAUCUCUAAUUCCAUACAUUCAAAUAUCACUCCAAAACAGAAAAUGGAAAUUGAACUUCCAAAUUCUUUACAACACCAUUCUCUCAUUGUUAUAUCCUACCAAUCCAAAUAGAUAAGACUACUCCUAUUAAGAAUCAGGUUAAAAGAAGACAAUGAAUAGCAUUCUUUUCUGCACUUGAUGCUUGUUUAGCUUCAGCUUCAUAUUGAUGUUUCUUCUCAGCCUUCAUUUUCUCCGGCUCAUUCUUAAGUAUUUCAUUCUCCUUCACAAUUAAUUAUUUCUGUACAUCUGUCGGUGCUAUCAUUUCUCUCUUAUUUGAAUCAUCCUCCCGUAAAAAAAUUACACUUAUCAUUCUGCAAAUACAAAACAAAAAAGUCAACCAACACUUCCAAUAUAAUGAGGUUUAAUGUUAGUUUUGGACUGAGUAAUCCAAGGAGGCAAGGAACUUCACUUUCGUAUACACUACAAAAAAACAUCAAAAUAGGCACGAACUUGGCACGGAUUGGGCAAGUUUGACACAGAUUGUAACUUAUUUUUGGCACAGCGCUGUGCCAAAUAGCUGGUGACAAAACGACUUUGGCACGGAAUUUGGCACAGAUUUAACGCAUCCGUGUCAAAUCCGUGCCAAAUACCCUAUGAAUUUUGGCGAAUCCGUGCCAAAGCUCCGUGCCAAAUCCGUG